CAACCAACAGACAAACUUGCCAUGUCAGCCACGGAAACUAUAGUGGUCUCGUUGCCACUGCCGACACUCAACCAGGAGGUUAUCGAUGUCGACGCUCUAGAGGAUGAACCAAGCGAUACCCCUGUGUUCUCUGGAUUCCAUCGGUCAACGAAUGGAGGCUCCUCGAGGAGGAUCAGCGAUAUGUUGGCUGAAGAUGGCCUUGCAUACACGGGUUUUCGGGCAUCGUCAACGAGUGCUAGGCGCUCGCUGCCAGACACCAGUGGCGCCCGAACAGGCUCGUCUUCUAUGGCAAUGUCAGAGGAUGUCAUUGUACUCGAAAGCGACGAUGAAGGAGCUCCUUCGUCCUCUAGGAGUGCAGGGGGGCGCACAAACAGGACGCGCUUACGACUUGUCUCCCCUCCACCACCUCGCGCUCAACGAGGCAACACACCCGCUGUCCCCGCUCUACCCUCUCACCUAGCCUCUCAAUCAUCAUUACCAAGGCGACGUCCACGAAGUGCUGCUCAAGAUCACAAUCCACCACCAAUCAUCCGUCCAAGCGCUGACCCUCUCCCAUUCGAGACCCGCAUGGCGCCUUUACCUCGGCUUCCUCCUCGAAGCUCUCCUGCCCUCGUCGCGGCUCCCAGGUCUCACUACCAUCCUGCCAUGGGACUUGGUGGUGCAGCCCUCGUGCUCAAUCGCCAGACAGCUCUAGAGGAAGCAAAUCGCCGUGAACGGGACGCCCGCAGCAACACGUUCAAUCUGCCCUCGUUCACAGAUAUAUUUCGGCGAGUGACAAGCGGUCAGAGGGGCCCAGACGCACCACAGGGUGCUGAUGGUGGUGGGACGCGCGGACGAAGCUGGCAGCGCUGGUGGCCAUGGCUACUCGACGACCCUCACGAGGGCCCCAGCCGUAAUCAAUCGCCCUUCAGCGACGACGAUACUUUCUUCAUCCUCCCCGACUUCCCACCACCAAGAUUCCAUAAGCAGGGGAUGGAGAUCCCUGUUCACUGGAAGCCUGAGUAUACGCAUCCGGAUAAGGCUGGUCCGGGCUUCGCGUACGACUUCGCGCCCUCGGACGCUGGACCAUCGCCGACGUCUGGGGCGUCAUCGCCCCCAGUCAUUGUUCUCGAUGAGGACGAGGCAGGGCCGAGCCAUUCGGGAAGUUCAUCGUCCAGUGCGACCCCUGUCGAGACGACGCUCGUCUGUGCUCGAUGCCUUGACCCGCUGGUGCUAGCCGCCCCGGCGGGCGCCCCAGAGGAUGAGCGUAGGAAGUACAGGGUAUGGGCGCUGCGCUGCGGGCACAUGCUGGACGGCAAGUGUAUUGCAGAGCUUUGCGCUCCCCCACCUCCUCUUUCUCCUCCGCCUGCAGAACAGGAGCCUGUCGUAGACCUUAUGGGCAAGGGCAAAGGCAAAGCUCGCGCUGACCCCGAUGUCGAGUUGGAUGCGCAUCCCGCGGAGCCGGAAGCUGCCUCGCUGCCAACCACAGACAGGAAAGGCAAGCGCAAAGCGGUGGAGCCGCCCGAACCCGAGUUGCCGGUCAAGCGUCUCGCGCUCGCUGAUCCCGCAACGUCUCCGUCAGAGAGCAAUUCGAUACGGUCGCGCCUGCGGUCGCACACCCGGCUCGCGGACGCGUCCUCCACGGAGGCGUCUACAUCCGUAGCGGUAGCUACCCACCCGCCGCGGAGGAACCAGCGCAGCGGCCAUAUAGUGGUCUCAGGCUCAGGUACGGGCCCGGGUGCCGGGCGGGGAAAGGGGAAGGGGAAGGGGAGGGCGAAGGUUGCGCGGAAGCCGGCGAUCGAGGCGGAGCACGAGUGGAAGUGUCCGGUCGCGGGAUGUGGGCGUGUGCAUUAUGGGGUGCGCGUGCAGGGAGAGUGGAAGAACGACGAGGGGCGGGGCGGGAUUGCGCUCUUCAUCUGAGCUAUGCGAGUACGGGAACUGGGAUGGGAUGCGUGGGACAUACGCGUUCUGUGGCUCUCGGCAUUGGAUUCUGGAGACAUCGAGGAGCACUGUGGGGGUUGUUGUGCGCCAUGGGUUCGCUUUGCGCGGAUUGGAUGCGUUCGCGGAAGCUUGCAUCGUUAUU